AUGGGUGAGAGAAGCUUAUUUUCAGUGCGGAAAUCUGGAAAAAAGAGCCAAAACAGAGAGAAAGACCGGUUGGUUGGGGGCACGGCCGGAGAUCAAUAAGCGCACGAAACGGAGAGACGCUGCGGCCGAAAAUCGAUUCUUGUUCUCUCGUCUCUCGCUCGGCCUCCUUCCGCUCGUUUCCCCGUGCAUUACUCAUUUGUUUUUUGAGUUGAAAAAUGAUAAAAACGACUGUCGUUCUUGAAAUUUCAGCAGUUUAGACCAAUUCUGCAAAAGAGUGAAAAGCUGAAAAGUGGUGCGUGUUGGUGCGUUUUGUGCGUCGAGACCAAAAACCGACAGACGCUCCUCUCCGCCGCUCGACUUUUCUUAUCUCGAAAAUCGAUUCGUUUGCGCUUGAAAUUGCCAUUGACGUGUGAAUUUAUCAAAAUAUGUGAAUUUUCAGGCAAAAUGGGCAAAAUCUGUCCGCUGAUGGGACCAAAAAUGUCGGCCUUCUGGUGAGUUUCCGCUUGAGAUUUCGUAAUACUCUGGUAAAAUUGAAAACUUUCCUCAGCCAUUUUCAAACUUUUCGAGGCGCCACUUUAGAAAUUCUAAGGAAAGUUUGAGAAAGGCUUGAAAAAGUUUAAGAAAGGCUUGAAAAAGAUUAAGAAAGGCUUGAAAAAGUUUAAGAAUUUCUUAGAAAAGUUUUGAGCGCUUACGAAAGUUUGAGAAAGGCUUGGAAAAGUUUAAGAAGUUCUUGAAAAGUUUGAGAAAUUCUUGGAAAAGUUUUGACCGCUUGAAAAAGUUUAAGAAUUUCUUAGAAAAGUUUUUUGUCUUGAGAAAGUUUAGAAAAGUUUGAAAAUGGCUGAGGAAAGUUUUCAAUUUUACCAGAGUAGUUCGAGCCCGUUUUCAGCAUGGUCAUGUCCGUCUGGGGCGUCAUUUUCCUCGGACUUCUCGGCGUUUUCUUCUACAUUCAGGCGGUCACCCUCUUCCCAGAUCUUCACUUUUCGGAAGAAGGAAAGGUUCCGACGAGGUUAGUGACGAACAGUGUUCACAACACGAGUUUGAAUCAAUUUACCUUUGAAAAAAUGGUUUCGAAUGAUGAUUUUUCUGAUGAGUUCAAGAGAAGUCCAUCAUAAGAUCAUUAAAAGACCGAUUAAAUAUCAGUAAGCAAAACCAAUUUUCCACUGAUCACCCUCGAAAUAAAAUGCAAAAUUUUGCAGUGUGAUCGACGCGAAGUACAACGAAAAGGCUACGCAGUGCUGGAUCGCAGCCGGUCUGUACGCAGUCACUCUGAUCGCCGUCUUCUGGCAGAACAAGUACAACACGACGCAGAUCUUCUGA